AUGGCAGCCGCGGAUUUAUUACUGGGGCCUCCACCCAGCUUGGCGGACUUUCGACUUGGAGCCGCGAGGAGAGGGACAGAACAGGAGGUUGUGGGAGCCGGGAGCCCACAGGCGACAGCCUGAGGCCCCUCGAUGGCCAAGUUUCUUUCCCAGGACCAAAUUAAUGAGUACAAGGAAUGCUUCUCCCUGUAUGACAAGCAGCAGUGGGGGAAGAUAAAAGCCACUGACCUCAUGGUGGUGAUGAGGUGCCUGGGGGCCAGCCCGACACCUGGAGAGGUGCAGCGGCACCUGCAGACUCACAGGAUCGACAGAAACGGGGAGCUGGAUUUCUCCACGUUCCUGACCAUUAUGCACACGCAAAUAAAACAAGAGGACCCAAAGAAAGAAAUCCUCUUGGCCAUGUUGAUGGCAGACAAGGAGAAGAAAGGCUACAUCAUGGCGUCCGAGCUGCGGUCAAAACUCAUGACACUGGGGGAGAAGCUCACGCACAAGGAAGUGGACGAUCUUUUCAGGGAAGCAGAGAUUGAACCAAAUGGCAAAGUGAAGUAUGAUGAAUUUAUCGACAAGAUCACCAUCCCUGUGCAGGACUACUGAGCGAAGAGGAUGUGAGGGAGCCUCCCCCUGGCCCUGGAGAUGCAGACUGAGGAGCUUCUGAAAGGAAAAGUGUUCCGUUCCCUCUGGGGAAAUGGUGAACAUGGCAGCGGGGUGACAUGACCCGACGGUACCAGAGGGUAGCUUGGCUCUGAGACAAAAGGAUCUCAGCCGUGGCAUCAGCAGGCCUUUAAUAAAAAGAUUUAUACUGAUUUUAAUAAC